GUGAACUCGUGUCUGUAUCUCAUAACUCCGAUUAUUUGACUGAAUUCUCAAACGAACAGUGUAUUUGAGAUUUAAUUAAUUAUAUUUUUAUCAAUGAAGGAUUUUCUAAACAUUGUAAUUUUUGCAAGAUAUUCUCCAAAUGGUGCAUGAACAAUUCGAAAAAUCAUUAAAAAACAGAUCGUGACAUCGAUGAACUCAUUUGGAUCAAGUUUGCUUAACAAGAUCAAGGUCACGUUCGUUAAAAAAUUAUCGAGAUAUCCAAUACAAGUAUUUUUAUAAUUAUUGUAAGAAGAAUAUAAUUUUAACUAUUUCGACAUUGAUGUUGGAAAGCUUUUAUUUUGCAACAAAUGAUUGGAACCAAUGGACAGUUUAGUUAUCGGUAUUUGCGUCAAUCAAUUUUUUAUCGUUGCUGUUGACUGAAUAUAGAAUACAGAAAAUAGAAGACACGAAAGAAAGAGUUCUUGUGCCUCUAGAAGAAACUUUUAUUUUGUUUAUUUUGAUUUACGAGAUUGAAUUUUAUGUAUUUUUUUAUUAACAAAUUUAUAAAUAAAAAUUUUUGUGAAAUGUUUGUGAAUCAAACGAUGUUGAUACUUGCACAUACUGCGCAAAUAAUGGCCACAUUAUCUUCAAAGGCAAUUUCUGGCGUUCCUGAAAAUAAUAAUAUUCAGAUCAAUGUAACGACAACAACUUUGUCGCCAGAAGAAGAGGAAAAUGUAUUUGACUUCAAUGAUAAAUGGUACAUGUGGCGAUGUUACGAACCAUAUGGUUGCUUUUAUAUUGGUUCACCAUGGUCCGGAGAACAUAGACCAGUAUCAACAUUUCCAAAUCGUCCGGACUCUAUAAAUCCCCGUUAUUUACUUUAUAUUCGUGAAAUCAUAGAACAACCGCAGGAACUGAAGAUAGAUAAAAACGAAACUAUUCAUAAUUCAGUUUUUAAAAAACAGAAUAAUCUUUAUCUUAUCGUUCAUGGAUUUCUUGAUAAUGGUGACAAAACGUGGGUUAUGAGAACUAUGAAAGAAUUACUAGUAAAAGAAGAUUGCAACGUAGUAAUAGUGAAUUGGAUUGCUGGUGCAGGUCCGCCAUACACUCAAGCUGUGGCCAAUACAAGAUUAAUCGGUGCAAUGACAGCUCGUUUAGUUUAUCAAUUGAUUGAAAUUGGAGGAAUAAAUCCUUUGAAAAUGCAUUGCAUUGGACAUAGUCUUGGUGCACAUACUUGUGGCUACAUUGGAUACACUUUGAGGAAAAGAUACAAAUAUAAUCUUGGAAGAAUUACUGGCCUUGAUCCUGCUGAACCGCAUUUCAGCAAUACAUCCACAAUGGUGCGACUUGAUCCAACGGAUGCCACUUUUGUUACGGCUAUUCACACCGAUUGCAAUCCUUUUAUCAACUUAGGACUCGGUAUUACUCAUCCUGUCGCUCAUAUCGAUUUUUUUCCAAAUGGAGGUCGCAAUCAGCCCGGUUGCAAUGAGGGUGUAUUGAAUUCUAUCACCUUAGAACGUGGAAGCUUCUUUCGAGGAAUAAAAAGAUUUGUUGGUUGCAAUCAUAUUCGCAGCUAUGAAUAUUUUAUAGAAAGUAUCAAUACAAAGUGUUCAUUUUUGGGAGUUCCUUGCCCAUCUUGGGAAAAGUUUCAAAACGGAAAUUGCUUUGAUUGCGUGAAUCAAUAUUGCCCUAAACUUGGAUUAGAUGCUCAGCCAGGAAAUUAUCAUGCAUCUGUUUAUCUGAUGACAGGUUCGACCAAACCAUUUUGUAAAGACCAUUAUAAAAUCACCAUUAAUAUUUCAAGAACAAAUGAAAGCCUGAAUCACGGUGGCGAAGUUGGUACCUUUGCAAUUAAAAUAUUUGGUGAAGGCGGAAAAAAAACAGAAGAGAUGUUUCUUAGUUCUCAUUCAAAGUAUUAUGAACCAGGAAGCAUUCAUACUAUAGUAUUACCAGGCAAUGUGGUGGGUAAACCGGAAGCAGUUGAAAUUAUGUGGGAGUAUCAAGCUUCUUUUUUCAAUCCACUCACAUGGAGGCUCUUACAUACGCCUUGUGUAUAUAUUGAUUCAUUGAGAAUCGAUAGUUUGGCGGCCGCUUAUGGCAUUACUGUGUGUCCAGAUAAAACGAAAACUUUGAUCGCCAACGAACCGAAGAUUUUAACAAUCGAAAACUGUCAAAUUGUUGAUUUAAACAUGAUCUCUACAAAACAUCCAAAUUCAUAAAAUAAAACAUGACAUGUAUGUAACAUUAAAAAUUAAAAUUAAAAUAAUUAGAUAAUGUUAAAUGUGAUAUAGAUAAAUAUAUUGACAGAAAAAUAUAUUUUGAAAUAUUAGCAAUCCUGACGAUAUAACAGAUAAAAAAGUUAACAUAAAAUAUUAUAAUCAUAUUAUUACUUUUAUUACUAAUGUAAAAAUAAAUUUCAUUUUUAAAUAAUGUAAAUAAUCCAUUUGGCUUGUUCAAUGGAAACUAGUAUUAAGAUAUCAUUUAUUCAAUUAUUUUAAUGAAUGAAUU